CUAAAAUUUCAAGAACUCACUCUACUCCUUCGAGGACGAAGACGCGAAGAGGAGUGAGAUCAAGGGUUCUUCGUUCGCGUCGCUGGAGCUAGGGUUGAGAGCUUGAUGCUGUUCGUUUUCUAGGGAUUCAGAUGAGUUCCUUCGUGGUUUGCUACCAAGCUUGGAAUGGGAUGUUGGGGCUCUCGGCAUCGUCUUGUUUCUCGAGUUCUUUCCCUGGGGCUAGGGUUUUGGGGCGUUCUGUAUCUCGGGAAGGUGUUUGGGGGCGGAAGCUUUGCUUUUGUGGGAUCUAUGGUGUGAGGAAUUGGAUGGCGGCGGAGCCGGUUGAGGACCGGCGGAUGGGGAGGAGGGCGGCGGUGCUUGCUUCGGAUACAGGAGAAGAGGCGGAGCUCACUCGGUCGAGAAGUUUCCUCAGUGUUCGGGCGGAAGAAGGUCGGUUGUGUUAUUCUUUUGGAAUGGAAGCAGAAGCCGGAAGACUUCCUUCAAAUAUUGCUUCUGGGCUGGAGGAGCUAUACAAUAAUUACCGGAAUGCGGUUUUACAAAGUGGAGAUCCAAAAGCAAGUGAGAUCAUCCUAUCCAACAUGUCUGCAGCAUUUGAUCGUAUUUUGUUGGACGUGGAGGAUCCUUUUGUGUUUUCUCCUUACCACAAAGCAAUUAGAGAACCUUUUGACUACUAUAUGUUUGGGCAAAACUACAUCCGCCCAUUGGUAGACUUCAGUAGAUCAUAUGUUGGCAACAUCUCCAUUUUCUAUGACAUGGAAGAGAUUCUUCGGCAGGGUCAUAAUAUUGUUCUGAUGUCCAACCAUCAGACAGAAGCAGAUCCAGCAAUCAUUGCACUGUUGCUUGAAAGAAACUUUCCACAUCUUGCAGAGAAAAUGGUGAUAUUUGUUGCUGGGGAUAGAGUUCUGAUUGAUCCACUUUGCAAGCCUUUCAGCAUGGGAAGGAAUCUUCUGUGUGUAUACUCAAAGAAGCACAUGUUCGAUGAUCCCGAGCUUGCAGAGAUGAAAAGAAUAGCAAAUACAAAAAGCCUUAAGGAAUUGGCCAUGCUCCUUAGAACUGGAUCUAAUAUAAUAUGGAUUGCACCAAGCGGUGGUAGGGACCGUCCUGAUCCAGUCACAGGAGAGUGGUAUCCUGCAUCCUUUGAUUCCUCUUCGGUGGACAAUAUGAGAAGACUUCUGGAACAUUCUCGUGUUCCAGGGCAUAUAUAUUCCCUAGCAUUGCUAUGUUAUGAAAUUAUGCCACCUCCACGUCAGGUUGAAAAGGCAAUUGGUGAGCGGAGAACAAUUGCUUACGGUGGGGUUGGUUUAUCUGUGGCUCCAGAAAUGUCCUUCAAUGAAAUUACAGCUGGCUGUGUGAAUCCUGAAAAGGCCAAGGAUGCUUUUUCACAGGCUUUGUAUGAUUCGGUGUUGGAGCAGUAUGACACUCUCAAAUCUGCUAUAUAUGGACAUAAAGGACUAAAUGCAUCAAAUUUGAUGAUUGCUCUUUCUCAACCUUUUCAAUGAUCAUUCAGUUUGUGAGUUUGUCAGGUUUUCAGAGCCAAACUGUAUGAUAUCUACGGGGGGAUAUUGUUGCAGUAGUUAUUGUGGUGAUUCCAGCCUUUCGCCAGUUUUGUACGUGGCAGAACGGAAAAAAGUGCCAAGUCGACAGAGCAUUCUAUUGCAUUUUUCUUUCCUUUUUUGAGGUUCAAUUCAAUAUGCAGCAAUUUAUCAUUUGAUCAGAGGCUCUCAUUUGUAUUGAUGUUAUAUCAUCAAUUCUGGAGCAGGUUCUUGCCGUUUUGAAGCUGUUCCAGUUCUCUCCAUCAAUAAUUCCCACAAAAAGCUAUUGUACAUCACUAUUUUCACUUGUAUUUUUCAUUUUGUUUUGUAAAUUUCAUUGCAAUAGUGUAGGUUUGUAGGUUUUAAUGUAACAUAAUCUACUUUCACUUUCACUUUCACUUUCACUUUCACUUAGGAAGGCACCCACACACUUAUCAGGCCUCGUUGUGUUUCUUCUAAUUCCGUAUAGCGAUUGGAACUC